GCUCCGCUCCGCCGUGCACCGCCACCAUGACCGUCACACGGCUCGACCAGGGCCAGCGCUACCGCCCGAGGAUGGCCUUCCUGAAAAAGAUCGAAGCACUCAUGAUGGAGAUGCAGAACCCAGACACGGGAAUCAAGACACAGACACAGACAGUGAUGAUCACCAACAUCCCCCACGCUGUGACAGGUGUUGAUAUAAUGCAGUGGAUUCUUCAGCGCUUGCAGAUCACUGCGGAAGAGGCACUCCACCUGGGAGACCUGUUUGUCAAAUAUGGAUAUAUCUACCCUCUUCAGGAGCCAAAGAACCUCACCCUUAAGGCAGACGGCAGCCUCUACAGGUUUCAAACCCCCUAUUUCUGGCCGGUGCAGAGCUGGGCUGCUGAUGACACAGACUAUGCAAUUUAUCUAGCAAAGAAGAACAUUAAAAGGAAAGGGAUUUUGGAAGAAUAUGAAAAGGAACAUUACAGCAUGCUCAAUCAAAAAAUAAACUACAAGUGGGAUUUUGUUAUUAUGCAGGCCAAGGAGCAGUAUAAGGCAGGGAAGGAGCGGAAGAAGGAGGACAGGUAUGCCCUGGACUGCCAGGAGAGAGCCUACUGGCUUGUGAACAGAACUCCUCCGGGCAUGCUGGACGUCCUCGAGUACGGCUUAGACCGUGUCACAGAUCCCAAUGAAAAUAAGAAAAAUACUAUGGAAUUCUAUAGGAGAGAGAUCAUGUACUAUCAGCAGGCCAUCAUGAAGACCAGAGUGAAAUCUUCUGUCUCUCUUGGAGGGGUUGUGAAGUACUCUGAGCAGUUCCUCUCCAAUGAUCCCAUCCUGUCUGGAUGUCUCCCCAGCAACCCUUGGAUAUCAGAUGACCCUGAGUUUUGGGAUCUCAAUGCAAAGCUGGUAGAGGUGCCCACCAGGAUGCGCGUGGAGCGAUGGGCCUUCAACUUCAGCGAGCUGAUCCGGGACCCCAAAGGCCGCCAGAACUUCCAGCUCUUCCUGAAGAAGGAGUUCAGCGGAGAGAAUCUGGGUUUCUGGGAAGCCUGUGAGGAUCUCAAGUAUGGAGACCAAUCCAAGGUCAAAGAAAAAGCAGAAGAAAUCUACAAGCUUUUCCUGGCUCCAGGAGCAAGGCGCUGGAUUAACAUCGAUGGCAAAACAAUGGGCAUCACAGUCAAAGGCCUGGAGCACCCUCAUCGUUAUGUUCUAGAUGCUGCUCAGACCCACAUUUACAUGCUGAUGAAAAAGGACUCCUAUGGCCGCUAUUUAAAGUCUCCAAUAUACAAGGAAAUGCUGGCCAAGGCUGUUGUGCCACAAGAGGGUGUCAAAAAAAGCACGGGUUUGUUUGGGCGCCGCCACCUCCGCUCCAGCCCCAGCCCCAUCAUCCUGAGGCAGCAGGAGGAAGAGGCCAAAGCCAGAGAAGCCGCCAACACCGUGGACAUCACGCAGCCAGGCCACCUCGCCUCCUGCUCCGCUGGCCGCAGCACGCCGGCAUCGCCCUCAGCCGCCCUCCGGGCCCUGCCUCCCGCGGCCCCCGGGCCCGCAGCCCUGUCCCCCGGCACCGCCUGCCCCUCGCCCAUCAGCCCGGCCCUGGGCAGCGCCGCGGGCACCCAGGCGGGCCCCGGCCCGUCCGGAGGCCGGAGAUCCCGCUCGUGGGGCCGCUUCCUCCGGCGGGGCUGCCGGGCCCGGGGCGGGCUGGGCGCGCUGCGGCCGCGCUGCCCGGCCGUGCCUCACGGCAAGGUGCAGCCGCUGGGCGGGCGGGAGCGGCGGCCCGACAGCAGGACGGUCAGCAGCUUCUUCCAAGUCAAAAUGCCUUCGGAGAGCCGAGCCCGCCCUGGGGGCUCCGGGCGGGGAGAGGACAGGCACCACCGAGCUCGGAAGGACUCUGCAAAGGAGCUGAUCUGCCCCUGGGAGACCCCCGCAGAGGAGGGGAGAGCGGGGUAACCCCAACACGGACGCUCCCCACGGGCCUGAGACCGCAGUGUUUGCCAUGGAUGGCUCAGCAAGGGGACCAUGCUGUUGGAAAAGUGUGUUAGAGCCAUCCUCCAGCACCAGGGACACUCAGAGCACCACAGCUCCCGAUAACAGCCCCUGGUGUGCCCAAUGUUUGUGAUCCGAGAGCUUCAAGCCCUUCUGGACUGGUUUUCUUUCCUGUCUUCGGUGUGUUCAGUUCUGCUCAUGACAAACUUGUGGAUAAACGAGCCUGGUUUCAUGCCUUGGAGCAGAUGGAGGAUGUGUGGGUGAUGUCCUGGGAAACAGUGUCUUAUCGGAGUUUCUGGCUUGGCCAUGAGGUGUCAGCACACUGAACACAGCACAGCUGGAGCAGGGCUGGCAGAGCAGGACUCAGGCUUCAGUGCCAAAACUGGGGCGUGUUUGUGUCCCCUAAUGGGGCCCACCUCCCAUUAAUUACAAUUUGUUAAUUUUAAAUUUAAUUUUAAAGCACGCUGAUUAAGAGCCAGCUGUUUGCUGAGGAGAAUGGAGCACCCCUCAUGUGCAGCUGUGUGCUGAGUGGCAAAGCAUCAUUCCUUCAUCCAAGCCCAGCAUGAUCCCAGAGGCAUCAAGGGGUGCAGAGCCCUCCUGCAUUAGCUCCAGCUUCCCAGUGAAUGGGUUUGAAACCAAGACUCGACCUGGGAACACCUGAGGAAAUCCAAGCCAAAUCCCUGUUGGUGUUUUGGGCCCUUCCAGGCUGGGAUUGAUGCAUUGCCACAGGCUGUGCUGAUAUUGGGUGUUGGACUGUUGCCUUCUUUGUGUCAGUGUUUGAAGGUGGUUGUUUUAUUCCCUGGAGGAGUUUCCUCAGUGUGUGUGUGCUGUGGGUCCCUGUUCUGUACCUUGGCCAUGACCUGUGGCUUCUGAUGUUGCUGUUUUGUACUUUCUGAUGUUGCUGUUUUGUACUUUCUGAUUAUAAAGAGCUUUUCCUGUGUGGCUGAUGUGGUUCCACACGCUCA